AUGCCCUUUAACUGCAGUCGCGAUUGUGUAGGUAUUCGAUACCGCAUCAACUCGCUGCACCAGACCUGGAAGUGGCUGCAUCAGACGAUCGCCCUGCACGAGUACCUGAUUUCGAUGAGCGCAGCUGACACGAAUAUCAGCAGCCGAAAGUCGCACCACCAUCCACUACUGCAGCAGAAGAGCAUCAGCACUGUUGUGUUGUGUUGCUAG